AUGUGGGAACAGCGUCAUCCUCUUAUUGGCCUCCACUCAGCGGUCACAGCGGAUACUACACCUGCAGCUCCACCGGCUUUGUUUUGCAGCUUCACCAAUAAGGUCCGGCACAAGCACCAAUUGCGCGUGCGCAAUAACAUGAAUGGCCGCUGCACCUGACGGCCCACCAGGAAGUGUGGCGGACAAAUCCUCGGCUGCUAAUCCCCGCUCGGUACGAUAACCGGAGAAGGCUCCGACAGUAGCAUGCUCAGCGGGCCGGACCGUACAGCCUGACCAUCGGAAUCGUCUCAGCUCCGGGCUCGGCCUACGGGAUCGCGCCGCUGCGCAGUGAGUGCAUGCAGGCAGUGCGCGCGGGGCUGUGCGUCUCCUCCCCCUGCCUAUAGGGCUCCAGACCCCGCUGCUGCUGAGCUGAAGCUCCGUGAAGCUCCGUGAAGCUCCGGGCACGUCCACCCUGACUGCAAUGGGAUGCUGCGGUAGCGCGGAGGUAAGAACGGCCCGACCCGGCCCGGUUCGGCUCUGUACCGUCCUCCAUCCCUCGGUGCCCUUCAGCAGAGCAUCGAGGACAAAGAGAGAAUGGAGACCACUGGAAGACCGGAGCUGCACAGACCUGCCCUGGUUCCUGCUCUUCACCGUCUUCUGCGUCGGCAUGGGCAGCAUCUGCGGCUUCACCAUCGCCACCGGCGGCGCCGCUCGCCUCAUCUUUGGAUAUGACAGCUACGGCAACACGUGUGGUCAACGCAACGAGCAGAUUGAAGGCGUCCGGCUCAGCGGCCUCGACCACAGGGACAGGAAGUUUGUCUUCUUCCUGGACCCCUGUAACAUUGACAUCGUCCAGAGGAAGAUCAAGUCGAUGGCUCUAUGCGUCACUUUGUGUCCCACUGAGGAGCUGACGACCUACCAGGACCUGAAGAGGUUUGCCAUGGUUAAUGGAUCAGAGUUGUGUUCCUACGAGUUAGCGGGUCAUAAAUACCCCGGCCUUCCUGAGAGAUUCUCCAAAUGUCCCAAACUUCCUGUUCCACCCAGUAAGCCACUGCCGGUGUUUAACCGCUGCACUCCCCUGGACGUUUCCUGUUAUGCGAAGUUUGCUGAGGCUGUAGUGACAUUCGUCAGUGAUAACAGCGUUCUGCACCGACUGAUCGCCGGCGUUGCCGCCAGCAAGGAGAUCAUCAUCGGACUGUGUGUCCUCGCUCUGGUCCUCUCGAUGAUCCUCAUGGUGAUCAUUCGCUACAUCUCAGCCGUCCUCGUCUGGAUCCUCACCUCGCUAGUCGUCCUCGGGUCCCUCGCUGGGACCAGCGUCCUCUGGUGGCUCUACAUCGACCACCGGCUGUACGGGAACAACACUUCCACGAAAGUGACGAAAGAGGAGGUGGAGGUCAGCAGAGACAGUGGACAGGCACUGCUCGUUUACGCCAUCGCUGCCACCGUCUUCACUAUCAUUCUGCUCCUGCUGAUGCUGUUCAUGAGGAAACGGGUUGCUCUGACCAUCGCUCUGUUCCACGUGGCGGGUAAAGUCUUCAUCCACCUCCCCCUCCUCACCCUGCAGCCCUUCGUCACCUUCCUCGCCCUCCUGCUCUUCUGGAUCUACUGGAUCCUGGUCCUGCUCUUCCUGGGAACCACUGGAAACCCGGUCCAGAACGAGGAGACAGGUCUGACAGAGUUCAGACUGACUGGGCCUCUGCAGUACCUGACCUGGUACCAUGCUGUGGGUCUGGUCUGGAUCACAGAGUUCAUCCUGGCCUGCCAGCAAAUGACUGUGGCCGGAGCUGUGGUCACGUACUACUUCACCAGGGACAAGAACCGCCUCCCGGUGACCCCCAUCCUGUCUUCAGUCCUGAGGCUGGUCCGAUACCACCUGGGUACCGUGGCUAAAGGAUCCUUCAUCAUCACACUGGUCAAGAUCCCCCGACUCUUUCUCAUGUACAUCCACAACCAGCUGAAGGGAAAGGAGAACGCGUGUGCUCGCUGUCUGCUGAAAACUUGUAUCUGCUGUCUGUGGUGUUUGGAGAAGUGCCUCAACUAUCUCAAUCAGAAUGCAUAUGCAGCCACAGCCAUCAACAGCACCAGCUUCUGCACAUCUGCACGAGAUGCCUUUGUGAUCCUGGUGGAAAAUGCUCUGCGCGUCGCCACAAUCAACGCCGUUGGCGACUUCGUGCUCUUCCUGGGGAAAAUCCUGAUUGUGACCUCGACGGCCUUCGCCGGUGUCCUCCUCCUGAACUACCAGCGGGAUUAUGCCGAGUGGCUGCUGCCUCUGAUCAUUGUGUGUCUCUUCUCCUUCCUGGUGGCUCACUGCUUCCUGUCCAUCUUUGAGAUCGUGGUGGACGUCCUUUUCCUCUGCUUCGCUAUAGACACCAAGUACAAUGACGGCACUCCAGGGAAGGAGUUCUUCAUGGACAAAGCUCUGAUGGAGUUUGUGGAGAGCAGCCGGCGGUUGGAACGGGCGGUGGAGCGCGGGCGGAGCCGGGUGAAGGAGGCAGUGUCAGAGGGGGCGGAGAUGAAGCCCAUGGCUCCAGGGACGAGUUCAGCUUGACCAAAAUCAGCCAAUGGGACUUCUUUAAAAAGAGACAUUCCAAAUGUUUAUUUUUACCAACGUGUAACAUGUUUACUAUGGUUUCACUCCAGGGAAAACAAUAUUUUAAUAAGAAACUGUAAAAACGUAACAAUGUAAUGAAGCACUUUAUAUUGAAGCGCUGCAGAUUUUAAACAGGCUGAUGCAUUUUUUCGUAGUGAUGUCGUUUUUUAUAAAACUCACCUGAACUCAUGGUCUCCGCUCACACUUAAGUUCUAACACUGCAGCCGGGACACUUUUUCUGUUUUGUCGACGAGCUGCCAAUCACUCAUGCACUCUCCUCACUUGACUCCGUGUUGGAUCAGGAGCACUGUGAUGUCAUCGCAGGGUGGAGUCUGUGGACAGAUGGAUGAGAGAGGACGGGAUCAGAGUUCAGACAGACUGUGCUGCAGCGUCUCUUCUGUUGCUCAUCAGGAUUCUUGUGUCUUAGAGCCUGACGGGGCGCACUGCCAGCUGAUCGAUCAAUACAUCCAAUGAUUUGCAUCCAUAACAUCCAUCAGAUCAGACCGCUGAGCAGACACAGUUCCACUCAUUUAGUGAUUUCGUUAUGAUCAAUCAAAGCGAGCGUGAUGCUGCUGCAGAGAGACAGUGAGCGCCGCUUCUGGAAGUGAACUUCUCUGACUGUUAAUCCAAACUCCCUUGAUGCCUUCAACUUCUCCAUGGUACCAAGAUGUUACUUGCUCGGUGCGUCGUUCAUUCAUGAAGAUUAGAUGAGCGAUUUUAUCAGGUGUUUAACGUAACUGUUUAACGUAGCUGAAGCCUAGAGAGUCACCAGUGCAUCACAGUGUGUCACACUGUGAUCAUGUCCCCUGAAACCACUCAUAAGUCCUGUAUUUGACACAUUAAGACUGUCUUAAUGAGUGGUCAGAAUCAUCAGCGCACACCGAAAUCUUUUAUCUGUCUGACUGUGGAGCAGGAAAACUAGAAAGAUGAAACCAGUGAAGAUCUUUAUUUUGAAACAACUGCUCUAAUGUUCAUUAAUGAAUUACAAUACAACGUCUUCAGUCACAUGUCCUGAAAGUGAACACAUCAUCCAGGACACGCCCACCUCACAUCGGUCUUUUGGUGGUGCUCAGAGUGAACGACUGCUCGUCUCAUUGGUGAUUCCCUUCCAAACAACGUCCAAGUCCUCACUUAGUUACGUUCACCUCUUUAGUCUCUACAGAGAUGCAGCCCAUCAGACUCCUGGUUGCUCUGUCUUUAACUGUCAUAUCAUAUAGUCACAGUAACUCAAGAAGCUGAUGUGGAUUUCAUAGAUGCGGUAAACAUUCCAUAACACAUUAUGAUGAAAUUCAACUCAGAAUACCAACAGGAGCUUCACUUCCAGAACCUCACUGCUGAUCACAGAUGAUCACUGCUAAUCACCACUACUGAUCAUGUGGUCUUGCUGGUUCCAGAUGUUUGACUUCAUGUCUGUUUAAUUCUCUUCCAUCAGCUCAUGUCACAGCAAAACAUUUUCCAGGUCAACAGGUUAAAAAUGUUCACAUGUAGCUCGCAGUGCAGCGCUUGUUUCAGACUCCAUGUUGGGUGUGGCAUCAUUGGGGGCCUUGCUCUUGUGAGGUUCAUGAUGUUUAUGGUGAUGUCGAGUCUGAAGCAGGCGUCAAUGUCCCGUCAGCUGAUCUGUGAUGGAGAUCUGGAUUUAACUUCCUGUCCCGGAGUUCGAUCUCUUCUUCACUGCCUGAACAAAAUGUUUCCAUCAAAUCCAGAGAAUUAAGAAGGUUGGAGGUGUAUGGGCGGAGCUUCCUGUGGCGUUCUGACAGUCAGCAAUAAAACAAACUGCAUCAUGUGACCACAUCACAACAAUAACAACAAGUCUUCCUGCUUCAGUUGGUUCGACACGUCAUCUCAGACAGGAAGUCGACUGUCUGACCUUUAAUGUCCAUCAGUCAUUCUCCAACUGUCUGACAUAAGGCAACUGGCAACCUGAGACACUGAUCACAGCAUCCAGUCGCUCAGCCAGGUGCAGAUGAGAGCUCAGAGCAAAAGCCAGUAAGUUGACCUUUGGGUAGUUUUCUCUCAACACCUUUAGAAACAGGAAUCUGCAGCAGCCAAUCAGUAAAUGUUGACAUGAUACGAGGUGACUGAUGUUGCUCUGUUGCCGCCCUGGUUGACCAACAUGUUGCCUUGUUGCUCCGCAGGUUGAGCCAAGUUCACUGGUGAUCAAUGAAAGAGGUUUUCUGGGUUGUGAUUGUUAUUGAUCCUACUGACAGUCAUCACUCCUCAGGACUCUCCUGGAUCAUGUGACCGAGACAGGUUCACUUAGUUACAUUGUGUCUGUCUGUGACUUACAGUAGCUGAGGCUCAUGGGUAUUAAGAGGUGAUGUGUUCAAAGAAAGACUGGACAUUUCUCUUAAACCGCACACUGGCAGCUCGAUCAGCCGAGUCGGUUCGGACCUGCUGACCUGUCUCUGGUGACCUGAAGGACGUGAUGAUGUGUUGUUGAACGUUGUUCUGAGGGCCGUCUGAAGGUGGACUUCCUGUACAGAGGCUCGUCUGUGUUCAGAGGAUGGACGGUUUCAGGCUGUGACUGUUCCUAUCAUCCACCUCAAUCACCAGACGAGCUAAAGAGUUCCUGCUCUGAGUUCUGUUCAUUUGGCCUGGUUCACAGACAGACCUUUACUCUGAAAUAUUCAGAGUAUGUUUGUGUCUAAAACAGCGAGUCUGUAGACGAGAUGAGCAUGUUGACUAACACACACACACACAGUUGAAUGGAUAUUGAUUAUUGAUUAUUGACGAGUGGUAUCUCCACUUGUUCAGAUCAGCUGACUGUGAUGUGGCAGAAACAGAGUUAGUUUAUUUUAUGUAAAUUAAAAUCUGGAAAAUGUUUCUGAUAAUUUUAAGAAGUUUAAUGAAAAGACCAAAAUGUGUCUGAAGAUCAGAAGAGCUGAGAUUUAAACUUUGGUUUAGCUCAGUUCAGUGUGUCAGUCAGCAGGUUCAGACCAGUCGCUAAAACAAAUGUCUUAGCUUGUCCAGACUUCUCUGAUGUAGUUAUUCUAGCUAUGUAAACUGGAAGUCACUGUAGCAUCACAAGCUAGUAGAACAAACAACUAGUUUUCUAAAUAUUUAAUUCUGUCCGCACACAUGGAUCAAUCUGUUCAUACAGUAAUGACUGGGAAAGAUCUGGUGAUGGUAAGCUAACUGAUGUUAAUUCCUCAUUUAGUUAAAUGUUAUCCGCUAACAUGAUGUUUUAUUUUUACUUAAAUAUAAAUUAAAAUCUUCCAUAUUCAAUUUUUAAACUUCAUUUGUCAAGUUUCAGCUCCGUACUUAAUUUUACCGCUUUCACUUAGAUACAACAGAUGGAAUCAUGCUAACGUUAGCUUCCUAAGUUAGCUACACACCAGUUACAGCUGCAGUUAGCAGCCAAAAUAUCUAGUAACCACUGAUCUCUACAUCAGAACUAGUUUUAAUUUAGUCAUGAUAAAACUGAACAGUCAGCUAACUAUUGCUAGCACAAGGCUAAGUUAGCACAAGGCUAGGUCUGAUCUGGUCUCAUGACUGACACGUGAAAAAACUCAAGAUGCUUUUACACAGAGGACGUCCACAGCAACUUUGCAACACAUCAGUCGGGUCGUUCAGAACAAUAUCUGGUAUUUCAAAGGAAGACGACACCAGAGACAACAGAAUGAUAUCAGCUGUAGGUUUGAUGAGUUUGAUGUCACUGUUGUGUUUGUGAUGACAUUAAGGUUUUUCGCUUAUUGAUUAAUUGAUCAACUGUAAAGAUUUAUUCUUCCACCCUGAUCAAUCAAAAUGUUUACAUUUUUAACUUCCUGUCCGCAUUGGAUAAUAAAUCAAAGCUGUGAUUUAUUUUCCAGUUCAUUUCGAAUUUUUAAAAAAAAUCUAAAUUGAGUUUGUUGAGAUGAAACUUUUCAGCUCCUUGAUCACCUGCUCAUCAGUAAUCUGCUUCAUUCAUCAAAUCCAACCAAUCAGCACCCAGGAAGUGUGGAGUCGGCAGGUGAGCUUGCAGGUUAGAGGAUGCUCCAUCAGGAUGUUUACAACAAUUAUUGAUCCAACACUUAUCACUGAUCGGUUCAACAGGAUCAAUUAGCCUCUCUGAUCGCUGAGCUGCUUCAACCAGCAGGUCCUGGUGAUGGAGAUGACAUCACAGCUGAUGUCAUCAGAGUAUCCAUCUUUGAUUGGCUGUUUUCGUUGAAGGUAAACGAGACGAGAAGCUGCUGCAGUUGACAGAGUGUUAGGUCAACCUAUGGAGUGUUCACUUAACGAAAGGGGUGCUGGCUUCAAGUAUAGAGUGAUAGCUUAUCCUACAGAGUGUUAGCCUAAAGUACCAAGUGUUAGCUUCUGUUUAACUAAAGGAGGAAGACUGGAGCGUCCCUCCCUGUGCCAAAGUCACCUGAUACGUCACGUUUUGGUUGUCUGAAGCAUCCUUCGGCGCUGUUCGCAGCAGAGACAUGACCAGAACAAGUUGCAUGUUCAUAUUUUAUCACAGCGUUCAUACGUUCAUACAUAAGGUGUGAAUAAUCUGCUGUUAGAUUCACAGAACUAAAAGUUACCUGGCGGAUGUUAGCCGACAGAAUCCACCUGUCAGCUGUAACACUAGUGUUUAGGUUUUCUCUGCAGUAAGAAGUUGUUUGUAACAUUGAAGAACUUUUUCUUUUGUUCUGCUUUGACUUUUUAUAUUUAUCAUUUCUUAUGUAUAUUUGUUUUAUAAGGAAAACAAUAAAAUGGAAAA